AUGUCUAAGGGACCUGCAGUUGGCCUUGAUCUUGGCACCACUUACUCUUGUGUGGGAGUAUUCCAUCAUGGAAAAGUGGAAAUAAUUGCCAACGAUCAGAGAAACCGAACCAACCCGAGUUAUGUUGCCUUUACUGAUACUGAGUAAUUGAUCAGUGAUGCUGCAAAGAAUCAAGUAGCGAUGAAUCCUACCAACACGGUCUUUGAUGCCAAUCGCUUGAUUGGAUGUAGAUUUGAUUAUGCUGUUGUCCAAUCUAACAUGAAGCAUUGGCCUUUCACGGUGGUGAAUGAUGCUGGCAGGCCCAAGGUCCAAGUAGAAUACAAGAGAGAGACAAAAAGCUUCUAUCCAGAAGAGGUGUCAUCCAUGGUUUUGACAAAGAUGAAGGAAAUCGCAGAAGCCUACCUUGAGAAGACUGUUACCAAUGCUAUUGUCACAGUAACUGCUUACCUCAAUGACUCUCAGCAUCAGGCCACCAAAGAUGCUGGAACCAUUGCUUGUCUCAGUGUACUUAGAAUCAUCAAUGAGCCAACUGCCACUGCUAUUGCUUAUGGUUUAGACAAAAACGUUGAAGCUGAAAGAAACGUGCUGAUCUUUGACUUGGGAGGUAGCACUUUUGAUGUGUCAAUCCUCACAAUUGAAGAUGGAAUCUCUGAGGUCAAACUUACAGCUGGGGACACCCACUUAGGUGGAGAACACUUUGACAACCGAAUGGUCAACCAUUUCAUUGCAGAGUUCAAAGGCAAGCAUAAGAAGGAUAUCAGUGAGAACAAGAGGGCUAUCUGUCGCCUUUGUACUGCUUCUGAACAUGCUAAGCAUACUCUCUCUUCCAGCACCCAGGCCAGUAUUGAGAUUGAUUCGCUCUAUGAAGAAAUCAACUUCUAUACCUCUAUCUCCCAUGACUGA